GUCCCCGCGCACUUGAAUUGUGUGCUCAACAUAUUGUUCGGGCAGUCAGGAACUUGAGACAAUUGCUAAGUCAAUAAAUUCUGUGGACCAAACUGGAUUACCUUGAAACUCUAGGGGCUUUAGGAAUAUUUUCUUAGACCUAAUGUGUAACUUAGGAAGUUCAAUGGGACUAAAAGUGAGAUUUCCUUGGAAUUGUGGGGGGACAAGGGGGAUGAUCUUCCCAACGACGUCGGAUGGAUGAUUCUGUAUUCUUGUCACCGUGAGAAGUUCGAGUCCAAACUGUCAGGAGCCAGAAAAAAUGAGUGCGUCAAAUUUUCGUUUGUUGUUUUAUUAGGAUCCAAUGCGGCAAUUCCCAGAACCAUUCACGAAAUUCGUGGCCCGCAUCAAAUUCCUAUUAGAUUCUUCUGAUAUAUCUUCAUAUCCAACUUCGUUUUCGGUAUAAAUCUCCAGCGACAAUAAGGUUCUUGAUUUUUCCUUUCUCGUUGUAACUUGACUUUUUUUUCCUGGGAGAAGCUUUCUAUUUGCAGAUGAAAUCAUCUAGACUCUGAAGAGGUUAGUCGAAGUUUAAUGAUUCUACUGCCCGCCCAUCUAUAAAGUUGUGAUCUUUUUGCCGGAUGGACAUCCGAUCAUCGUUCUAUAUGCCAUUUUUCUUUAUGCAUCUCUGCUCAUCUAUCUGGAACUCAAAAGUUUUGACGGGUCGUCCAACUUAUUUUGAUGGUGAACAAUCAUGGAAGUGGUAGUUGAAAGGUCCAAAGCUCUUGGUUCAAGCAUGUUGACGGUUCACAUCCCUGGAGCCUUUAACUGUUGCCAAGCACAUACAGACAUGAACAUGGUCCAAGAAGCUACUCCUUGCAUGUUGAUGCAUGUUAAUCCCUUAAUUCAUAUGGCCACUUCUAUAGGUCCUUUGAAGGUCCUGUGUUACAAGUCAAACUGGUCUUCCUCACGGAAUUUCAAUAGUCAACUCAAACUCCAACAUAUCUCACACCAAAUCACUUCGAAGAGAUGGCUGUGCCGAUCUCAAGAUUCCAUUUCUCCUGAGAAUGAGUAUCGAUCAUCACGCAAUAUAGCUAUCAGCUUGUUUAGACGAUACCGGAAUUUUGUUGAGCGUGGAGGAGGUGACAACCUAAAAGAGUUCAUCAGCGCCGGUGUGAAUGCAUAUGCAUUGGGUUGCACUGAUGAAGGCUUGAGGAAAGAACUUAUUGAUAUGAAGGACUCAGGUGUUGAAAUUGAAGUGAUGCAAGCAUAUGGUGGAAGUACAGGUCUAAAGUCCAAGAUUAUCUCUGGAGAAGUUGAUGAAUGUAUUAUGUGGCUGAGCAUUGUAUUUAUCACAAUCCUUUGUACUCCACAACCAACAAUAGUUCGAUGGUCGUCCAUCCCCCCUGUGUCCGAGGAAAUGCUGAUUCAUUGGAAGGGCUUCUGUGCAAUCAUAGCAAAUGCAUACUACAUGAGAGGAAUGGCUUGGCUUCCGGUGAAGACUCUCCAAAUGGAGCAAAUGGCAGUAAUGGGUCGUGCAGAAGAACCAUCAGUUGUAGCUAGCCGGAUGAGACUAGUAUUUAGCACACUUGAGGUGAGUUCCUAUACUUGGAUAUACGGGUUUGACAGAUCUUCCAGAAGAACUAAAACCUCCAGAGAAAAUGGUUGUCAGUCCACAGUGGCCGAGAGUGUGACAUUGUAAUUUAAUAUUCAGCAGUGUCUGGAAUACCUUUCUCGGAGAUUCAGUCUGUAUGGAGGGGUGUACUUUACUGUUUGCUAUUGUUCAAUUGGCUCCAUCUGUCGGGGGGAAAGGAGAAGAAAUUUUUCCUUAUGAAAAUAGUGUCCUGCACCAGUGUUUAUCAGGUUGUGUUAAAUAAUUACACAAGCUUAGGAAAUGCGUGUCUUUUAAUUUUCAUCCUUAUUUCUUUUUUCGGUUAUUUGUCCUUAGAUUUACAUGUAAUCCCUUCUAUAAUCUAUAUAAUACCUGAACAUUUAACA